UUCUCGUCAGUGUGGCUUGAGCCGUGGUGGAGGAAGGGUGUACGCUUCUCUCCCACGGCGGUUCUUAACACCCCCCCCACCCCCUCCUACCUACCGUCCCCCUUGUACCUAUUCACCCACGAGAAUAUUUUUACCAGGUUUUAUUAAGUCACGUCAGCUGUUGUCUUCGCUCCGCUGACAUGUGACACUAAUUACCUGCUCUGUGAGACACCUGGGCAUUAUGGUACUAAUGAGGACGAGGUUAUGACGGAAAGGUGUUUGCAAAAGGACUACAUGAUCUAAAUACCCUCAAUUCCUUUGAAAAUAAUAAAUGUUUGCAUGAAACCACAUGAAAACCUACUGAUAAAGAUGAGUUAGUUUAUGAAGUGGAAAGAGAAGACUGAGGUGAAGUUGUGGUGUUGUUUGUUUUGACUUCCAAGGUGAUGAUGAUGAUGAGGCAGGUGCGAGGAGGUGACAGGUGAGCGAGCGAGCAUCACCUGCGAAGACUUGCGAGAGGAUGCUGCUGCCCUCAUUAAGGAAAACGAAAGUUAGUGAAAGUUAGCCGAGGAGAGGAGUCAGCGGAGGGUAGUUAGGUGGUUGGUGGAGGAACGGAUCAAGGCCGCGAGAAAAUUAGGAAAAGUGUGAAAAAAGUGACUAAACCAAGAAAGUGGAGAAAAAUGGGAUGAAAGUGAGUGAGUGCGGUAAAGAAAAGGAAUGGAAAAUGAAAGAUGAAGGUUAUUCCAAAGACUUGAGAAUAAGAACCUAAAAAUCUGUCAGUGAGAGUGGAUGAGUGAAUCUAAUGAAAGCAAAUAAGAGGAAGUGCUAACGUCCAACACUGAAAGGAAAAAGUAAGUUAAAAAAAAUACUAGUUGAAAGAAAGAAAUCCAUGAAUGCCAAUCAGGAAGGAAAACACGUUACCUGUCAGAGGAUAACUCUUUGAGGCACCUGAAAGCGAAUCACCUGUAAGAAAAAGAUUGUGUAUUAAGGCCUGUGAGAGGGAAAGUGAGUAAGCCAAAGGUGUAGAGAAAAGGAGAAGGAUAAAACAGAAAAGGAAAACGAGAGGGAGAUUAAAGAAAAAGGUGGAGAAAAGAGGAAAAGGAGAGGAAAGUAAGCCUGAGAAGUGAAGUGGCGCAAAUCAAGAGGAGGAGAAGGAGGACGCAGAAGAGAUACAAGAGGAGGAGGAGGAGGAGGAGGUAGACGAGGAAGAGGAGGAGGAGGGCGCCCAUCCUCACGCGGACGAUGGGUAUCACGUGAGGAAAGAUGGGCAACAAACACUCGAGCGGGAAGUGUCAGUGUCCGAAGAAUGUUAAGAAGAACAAGCACCACCACCACCACCACCACAACACCCACCACCACCACCAGGACGGCCAGCAGGGGGGUGGGGGCGGUGGGGUUGGGGGAGGUGGUGGUGGGGGUGGAGGGGGAGGUGUGGGGGGCCAGUGUGGGGGUAAGCAGGGCCUCAGCAGUCAGCCAGAACGUCAGCAGAAGCACCACACGUCAGCACACACCAACGUGGUACACUGUCAGACGGGCCAUGCCAGCCAGACGUCCUCGUGGCUGCCGCCCCUCGAGAACUGGGACAGCGGAGGCGUGGGUCUCCCCUACGGCUGGGAGGCGGCCACGGAUAAGGAGGGGAAGCAAUAUUUUAUCAAUCACCUGAACAAGACCACCACCUAUGAGGACCCGCGGAAAGACUACCUGGACGAGCCUCCGCAGCCCCGCCACAUCGACCUCGUGCGGGACCCUGAGAUGGGCUUCGGCUUCGUGGCUGGGUCUGAGAAGCCGGUCAUCGUGAGGUUCGUGACGGAGGGCGGGCCGAGCGAGGAGAAGCUGUUGCCGGGUGACCAGAUCCUCAUGAUCAACGGCGAGGACGUGAAGAAGGCGCCGCGGGACCACGUGAUCCAGCUGGUGCGAUCCUGCAAAGACCGCGUCCAGCUCACCGUCACGCAGCCCCCCCUGGAUAACUCCGCGAGGAAGUCCGCCUUGCUGAGUGCCGCCAAGAAGCAGCGCCUUAAGUCCAACCCCUCGAGGGUGAGGUUUGCUGAGAGCGUCGACAUCAAUGGGUCACCCUCGUACUCUGUGAGUCCCUCCUCAUUGAGUCACCCUGCUCCGUCCAAUUUUAACUCGAGUGAGUCUACCACACCCUUCAUGCCCAACGUGCUCAAGGUCUUCCUCGAGAACGGCCAGACCAAGUCCUUUAAGUAUGACUCCAGCACGACGGUGGGCGACGUGCUGGACUCGCUGCACCAGAAGCUUGGCAUCAAGUGUCCGGAGCACUUCUCGCUUGUGGUGGAGCACGUCAAGAGCCUGAGGAGGAACAAGCUCACCCUGCUGGACCCCCGCGAGACGCUCUCCAGGAUCGCCGCGCGGCCCGGCGCCCAACACCUGCGAUGCCUCUACCGCGUCACCUUCGUGCCCCGAGACGCCUACGACCUGCUAAGGAAGGACUCCAUGGCCUUCGAGUACCUGUACCUCCAGUGCUGCAACGACGUGAUCCAGGAACGGUUCUCCCCCGAGCUGAAGUACGACGUGGCGCUCCGGCUGGCGGCGCUCCACAUUCAACAGCACGCGCUCUCCAACAACAUGUCCUCCAAGGUGUCUGUGAAGAACAUAGAAAGGGACUGCGGGCUGGAGCGCUUCGUCCCUGCGUCUCUUGUGGACUCGAUGAAGAGGAAAGAGUUGCGGAAGCUGCUCUCCCACUUCCUCAAGAUCAACAGCAGCCUUACCACGCCUGGCCAGAAGCAGCUGACGGCGCUCCAGGCCAAGCUACACUACCUCAAGAUCAUCUCAGACCUCCCCUCCUACGGCGCCAAGUGCUUCUCCACGAACAUGAAGGACACGAAUAUGGAGACUGUGAUUCUGGUCAGUCCCAGGUUCGGGAUUAGCCAAAUAACCGGGAUCAGGAACAGCAUGCCCGAGGCACUCUGCGAGAUCGAACAGGUGACGGCCGUGAGGGUGAGCCGCGAGGACGAGCUCUCCUUCCGCGUCGAGCUCUCCCUCAAGGACCCGGAUAAGGAGAACCUUCUGCUGAGUCUGGAGGAGCGGGACGCCGAGGAGCUGGUGCUGGUGCUGCAGGGCUACUACCGCCUGCUGACCGAGAACCCUCUGCCCCUCACCCACGCCCGAGACCGCCACGCCCACGACCAGGCGCCGCCCUACCACUCCCGCCACAAGGUCGCGGCCGCCUCCUGGAGCUACGCGGCGCCCACCAAUGAGGAGGAGGACUCGCGGGGCGGCGGCGGAGACCAGCCUGACCGCUACGUCGACCUGAGCCUUGCGCCGCCCUACAAGCCGCCGCCAGAGGGAUACAAGGUACCCAACGGACACCUGCCAGGUAUAGACAUGGAGGAGACAGGCGUGUACGUCAACAGCAGAAGACACAACCUCCUCGACUCGAACAUGAAUAAGACCAACUCCGUAUACGAGAACACUCACGACCCAAGCGGAGGAGGGAGCCCCACGCCGCCCCACUACGCCCACCCCGCCCACACCCACAGCCCGCAGCCCGCCAGCCCCGCCCGCCACGGCCUAGACGCUAAGAAGGUACACUUUAGCCUGACGGGCACGCAGAGGCAGGACGAUCGUGUGUGUGAGGCCAGGAAUGAGGAGGUGAUACGAAGGGUGGCGGAAUUGCAGCAGCUGGUGGAGGACGCCGAGAACUACCUGAGUGAUGCUGACGGGGAGACGACGGAGACGGAGAGUGUGCGCUCAGACCAGUAUGGCCGACUCAAGCACUCUGACUCACUCCUGCUUCUGACCCAGGGUCAGAAGAUGUUGCCAAAUGGCGAGGUAGUGGAAAGUGAGGAGCGAUCUGGCAGCGACACCGACUCUCAGUCCACACCCAACCAGAGUCCGGCCCAUCGACCAGCUGGCAAGGUUCCCCAGCGCCCCUCGUCAGUCCUCAAGCCAAGCGGGUCUUCCUUCGGCCUCCACUCCCCUGACAACCUGCCCCUCAACAUCCAAAGCCGCGAGGAUGACAUUCGAGCACUCAUCAAACAGCUGGAGGACAACUCUGGCCUCCCGUACACCUUCGCGGAGGGCACACUCUACCUUGACCCUGACAUCAUCGACCUCACCAUGAUCCCUCCCCCCAUCACCCCGGACGAGGAUGGCACAAAGGUGUUCCCCCCACAAGUCAGCACACCCCCCACGCCCUUCGCUGACCGGGAGACGCUGGAGAAGGAGCUGAAGGCACUGGAGCAGGACCUGGGAGACCUGCGCUCCCUCACCAACCCAAGCUGGCUGGACCACGACUCCCUCGCCUGUUAUUCAGACUCCAACACAGGAGCAAGUGACACUGAGGACAGCACUUCCCUCAGCAGCCUCAAUACCAGCACCAGCGAGACCGUUUUCUCUCCUAUCGCGGGCAACAGGGUUUCAGGAAGCAACGGUAGGGAGCCCAACUUCACCCUGGCUGCCCUGCGUCAACUGGGCAUUCACCUGGAGGAAGGGGAAGACAUCGACUCCUUCAUUGCCAACCUUACCAUCCCUCCUCCCCCUGAAGGCUCUGUGGAUCUUCAGUCAUACGCUGAAAGUCGGAGUCGGAUGGGAGGAGAGUACGAUAUCUCUGCCUUCAUCAUCCCGCCACCCCCGACCUCGGAUGAGAAGGACAACCGGUCGUCGGACAUCAUCCGGCGACUGUACGAAGCCAAAGAAGGAAUCAGUAAGAUGUGUGAGGAUGGGAGUGACUUGGAGGGGGUAGGAGAGAAAGACCAUGAGGUGGGGGAGGUACGGGUCAGCUCCGAGACCAUGCCAAAGCGGUCCGGGAAGGUUGCGUCACUUCAGCGGCGAUUUGAGUCCCCUGUGCGGACACCCUACGUCAGCCCACCUACCUCUAGUGCCUCUGUUGACAACCGGCAGCUGCUCCUCCGGCUCAGCAAAGACAACUCACAGUCCCCGAGUGACUCAUCUGGGUACGACAGCCUUAGGUCCAACAACUCCACGGGGGGGUAUGAGCUGGACGCCAAGCUUGCACAGGCCUUAGAGGAGAACGAUAAGAUGUUCAAGAGCUUCGACACCCUCAAGCGCAAGCAGCUGGCAAAUGCAAAUGCCAGUGAGGGGGUGAGGGAGGGUGUAGGUGAGACCCAUGACUCCAGGCAACCGUCAGUCUUGUCCAGAGUCAGAACCUUUAGCACUGGAGCUGCCUCUGCCCCCUCCCCUACCUCCUGGUCCACCUCCUCCCUCCAGCGGCCCUCCACACUCCAGCGCCAAAUGACAGUGCCAACCAGCAAGGCAGAAGCUAAAGACGAUGAGUCCCCGCCCCCUCCACCCCCCCGUACCCCUAUCACCCGCACAGGCACCCUCACCCACCCAAAGAAAUCCCUCCCUUCCAACCCUCCAUCAAAAAUCCAAAGAAGUAUCUCUAUGAGUACGGGAAACUUGGCCAAAUCUGCCUCCCAAACCAAUGUUCUGGGCCACUCCGCCUCCAACACCAUCCUCAAGUCUCCCACCAAGAGCACCAAAUCCUCAGCCUCUAGUGAGGACCUGAGCCAAGUCAAGACCUCCCCUGGGUCACCCUCUAAGCAGAGUGUGGCGUCGAGCAAUGACUCCCUCACCUCCUCCUCCAGCAUGGUCACCGUCAAGUCAGCGUCCCUCAAGAGCCUCGACCAGGAUGAGGACCCACCUGAGUUGCCUCCGAGGAACGGCACAAAGACCUCCACAAAGCCUCCACUUCCACGCAGCCCCUCCCAGGAUACAGGGAAGCAUUCGCCCCUCAACAAGAGUGUCCGGACGCCUUCCCCCUCCCACAAAGUCAUCAGGAGUCCCUCACCAGACAGCUCCGAGAAGCCGCCUUCAGUGCCCUCCAGACUCCGCAAGCCUCAGCUCAGCCCCACCACCUCCCCCACAAACAACCUCCCAACAACCCACCGACCCCGCCAGGCAGUCAAACUGGCCACUCCCAGUCCCACAGGAAAGGCCCCUGCCCCCUCCCCUACUUCCCCAAAAGGGGGGAAUCAUUCCCCUCAGAAGAGCCCAAAGACAGGCAGGAAAUCAGUCCCUUCAGAGGAUAAACCACAGCUCCCUGCCAAGACUAGUCAGUCACCCCGCAGGACGGCAGCCUCUCCCCCAACCACCAAUGGUGUCAAGAGCCCUGUGAGAGCGGCAGAGAAGACUUCCACCACCACCAGGCUGCCCCGGCCAGACACCACUGCCAAUGUGGCCUUGAAGAACAGCCUCAACAAUGAGGUGGCACCCCUGCAGACCUCCUCCCCAAAGCUCUCCCCAAAGAGCAAGAUGGUCAAUGGUAAGACCCCAAAUGGGACUGAGCUGGAUGACUCCUUAGACUCUGGCAGCUUUGAUCAAGACUCCCUGGAGGAGGCAGAGGACAUUGAGGUGAUGCCGCCCGCUUCCAGGGAUGCCUUCCGCCGCUUUUCUGUGAUGGUGAGUCAGUCUCUUAAGUCCUUGACGGACAUGGCGGCAGCGUGUGCCGAGGCCCAGAGGAAUGGGGGACCUGCCACCCAGGAUGAAGCUAAAUUCCAGGAGGCACGGGAAGCCCUCACCAGCGAGUCGAGGCAGUUUGUGACGGCCUCCAAACUGUUUGUCAAAUCAGCGACGGAGUCUGAGGACACGCUGCUGCAGUGCCUGUCGUCCUGCGUGGCUCUCCUGCAACGCAUGGUGGAUGUGACGCAGGAGGUGGUACACCACACCACAACGCCACUGCAGACGCAGAACGUGGUGGUAAAGGUGCGUGACGUGGCCACCACCUACCAGAGCACAGUGCGGGCGGCCCUGAGUGCGGCAGGGCGGGGCAUGGACCACCCCUCCAUGAACACCCUCAUGACCCAGGCCACCAACCUGGCGGGGGUCCUCACUGCACUCAUGCGCACCCUAAGAGUGUUCAGCCCGUGAGCCUCUUCCUCUUCACCAUAUCUCACAUUGCACUGAAUUAAUGAACGGUGCAACUCGCAAUGAAUUCAAAAAGACUUAUAUCCAAAAACCGUACUUAGUUUAUUUACACGUCUGUAGAUAUAGGUGUAGUAAGUGAUAUAAGGGCGAUAACAAAUGUAACCUGACCAAAUUUUGUAAAUAACAAUAGAAAUCUCAGGUAUAACAAAGAUUCUGGAGGAACAGGAAUGACUUCAGCAUGAAAGGCCAAAACCGAGUGGCAAGUGGAAGGAGGACAAUGGCAGGACGAGGACUGCUGAGUGAGCUGUAUAUUAUUAUGUUAUAUUGUGUAACAUGAUUGUGUGUAUAAUGUAUUGCCUGGCAGCCACAGUCUCCAACUGGAUCAUAAAUUCCCAGUAAUUGUUUGUAUACUGUAUCUCAUCGUGUACUGCUGUGGUAAGACUUUAGUUCACCAUUUUUCACUACAAACGUCAUGAUUUAUCCCUCUUGCUGCAUUUAUUUGCUGCAUUUUCUAUACGUUGCAUUUCUUUUUACGCUUCCACAAUACAUUUGUUUUAUAUUUUUGCGUACAAUCAUAUGUCUCUCCCUGCAUCUUUAAAUAAUUGUACAUAGAGUCUGUACAGUCAGAACAAGACACUCAUAACACCAGUCCCCAUUAGGAAGUAUAGCUCAGUGUUUUUUUAGUGUAACUGCUGUAUUUUCUGCUAAAUAUAGUGUUACAGAGUAUAUUAAAAAUUAUUCAUUCCUCCAUUCAUGUAAGUUUCAUGCCUUGUAUGUGUUCCAUCAUUAUUAAUUAUACUGAAUUACAUAACCUCUGCAUUAAAACUAAAUUCUCCAAAAUAAAGAGUCACCAGGAAUAACAGAGUUUAACAACA